UUCCUUAAGAGUACUAUUUUGAAUUCUUUUUCUGGUAUUUCAUAUAGUUCCUUAUGACUGGAUUCUUACUGGAUAAUUACUGUGUUCUUCUGAAGGUAUAAUGUUUGCCUGCUUUUUCUGCCUAUGUUUUUUGUUUGUUUGUUUGGUUUUUUUUUGCCUACGUUAAUUUCUAUGCAUUUGGUGGAACAAUUGCCCCCUCCAAUUUUCUUAUGGAAAGACUUAUACAUAUAGAUGGGUCUUGGGGUGUCAGUUUGGUGGGGUGCCUUGGUUUUGGGUCUAGAUUAACACGUAGUAUAGUCUCCAGGUAGUUUCUUCAGCUGUAAUCUACACUACUAACAUUUAUGAGUGUCUCAGGAAUCUAGGAUGAGAGAGUUUGGCAGUGGUGGUGUGGCUUUGCUGAGAGUGAAGCUUUUUCUCAGGUCAAGGGUGCGAGUAUGCACACAGUGAGUCAGACAACUUGAAGUCUUGCUGGGGUCGGGGCCUUGGAGUUGUUACCCUGGCUGGUGGCACAGGCACCUGGUUGCUCAGCCAGUCUGGGGUUAUGCCUGCCAGGGAUGGCUCACAAGGCUAUUUCUUAGACCUGAGACAGGGGUGCACAGCUAUUCAGCUGGCCUGAGGGCAUGUCUGUCAGGGGUAUCCCACGGGGCUGUUUUUUAGGCCUGGGAUGCAGAUGCAUGGCUUCUCAGUUGUCCUGGGUGUAUGUCUGUUCAAGUUUGCUCCUGGAGUUGUUUCUCUGGUCUAGGACAUGGGUGGUUUAUUGGGUGGCCUGGGUGCAUGUCUGGUAGAUGUGGCCCGGACAUGGACACACAGCCACUCAGUCUGGGAGUGUGUCUGCCAGGGGCAGCCCCCGGGGCUGUUUGUCAGGCCUAGGAAGUGGACAUACAGCUACUCAGUCAGCCUGGGGGCAUGCUAGCCAGGGGCAGCCUGCAGAGCUGUUUCUUAGGCCCAAGACUUACCUGGUUGGCAGCUUGGAGGCCUAGGAGAAGGUGAACUAGGAGUAGCCCAUGAAGCUGUUUCUCAGGCUCUGAUUACAGGCGUGGGGCCUUUGGGCAGGCCAGAGGUGUGUCAGCAGGAGGGGUGGGUGCCGCAGGGCUGUUUCUCAGGUCCUAGGCUUGUAGCUGCUCCAUCUGUUUGGUGGACAGCCCAAGGGGUUGCUUGUCAACUACUUGGUAGCCCCAAGUCCUUUCUUGCUUAACUUAGGGGAGGGUGUGCAGCAGUUUAGCUGGCUCAGCAGUGGGUUCACCCUGGGUAGGACUGCUAGACUAUUCCUCCAGCUGGAAGUGCAGGCAGUGGGAAUUGGUUUCCCUGCUGUGUAGGACCAGAUUUGCAACCCAUCCUGGACCCAGGCUUUGCACAGCUGGGGUUAUGCAUCAGCCAUCUAUGGGCUGAGUGGAAUGAAGCUGAACCACCAGUGCUGGAGAGGCGCAAUGGCUACUGGUCCCAGAGGAGGACGCAUUCCAGAGGUGGCUCUAAUUUCAAGAUGGCACUGUGCUGCAGCAGUGUGGCUCACAGGAUAGGUGGGGGUUGGGGAGUGCACACCUUGUGCUCAUAAUCCGUGCAACUACAUAAUCCAGUGUAGUUGCAUGAAUUCCCAGCAGCUCUCCAAACUUGACUUGGGGCUUGGGAUGAUGUGGGAUUCACCUAUAGUAAGGACUGUGGGCAUUUGCAGUGGCAAUAGCAGCUGAUGAGAUUCUUCUGCUUACCAUUUCCCUGAAAGGGAAAUUCUCUCCUGUCUCCAAAUCAAUCUAUGCAGGCAUGGUAGACAGUGCCACAGAGGCUAGGUGUCUCUCUCCGUUGCUUCCAAUCACUGUAGGUACCUCCUGGACUUCCAAUCACUAUAGGUACCUCCCCACUUCCCUACUGUACUCCAGCACUCUCUGGUCAACACUCUAGUGAAAUCUUAGCUCUUUAUUCAUUGCGUUGGUCCUUUCUUGUGUGGGUGGGGAGUAUGGGUGCCAGGUGUCUCUAGUGAGCUAUCUUGCUGACAUCACCUCAUUGUGAUUUUAAUAUGAAUUUCCCUAAUAGCUAUUCCUUUAGUUAUUUAAUUUUAGCAACAUUUGAAAGUUGUUCUUGAUUUUUUUCUUACCCUGCUCAGCUUUACUGUGGGUGUACCUCCUAAGUAUGUCUUUAAUUAUCUCUCUCUUUGUCCUAAUUCCUAUGCCUUAUUUCUUCACUAUUAUUAAAAUAGCCUCCAAACUGCUUUCUCUGAUACCAUGUUCUCAGAAGAUUCCAAUUUGUUUUCCACACUGCCAUCAGAAUGAAUUUUCUAAAAUGUUUAUGUAAUCAUGUCACUCCCUUGCUAAAAAGCUUUCAAAGCUCCCCAUUGCCUUUAAGAUAAAGCCUACAAUCUGGAUCCAGCAUGUUUUACACUAUCUAUUCUUGCCAUUCUUUUCACCACCAUCCCACCCUCCUACGAACAUACACACUCCACACACACUACUAUACAUUUCCUGGCUUGUGAUCUACCUGCAAUUAUUUGAAUACAUUAGAUCUUCCUUCUUUUAUGCCUUUGGACAUGCUGUUACCUCUGUCUGAAAUGUUCAUUCAUCUCUGUUUACAAACUCUUAUUCAUUCUACCUCUUGGAAUCUUUUUCUGAUUCUCCAUUAACAGUUAAGAAUUUGUGUGUGUGUGUGUGUCUGUGUGUGUGUGUGUAAAUAUAGUAACAUACAUAUGUCUCUGUAAGAAUAUUAGGUUUAAUCACGUGAAACUCAUUUUUGUAAGUCAAAAUAUGCUUAUAUGAAUCAGCCAAAAACAUUUUUGUGCUUGUUUAUGUAUCUGGCAUUCCUCACCCAGCAAGAGACUGUCCUUUUUUUUAAAAGGGUAGUAGGCCACUUAGUACACGUUUAUUGAUAGGUGGAUGGAAAAAUAGUUUUUAAAGAUCAAGUCUUUCAUUUAGACCAGGGGUCCCCAACACCCGGGCUGCAGACCAGUACCGGACCGUGGCCUAUUAGGAACCAGGCUGCACAGCAGGAGGUACUGUUUUUCAACCCUAAUCUCUUGACCAAGAAUGAAACUAUUUACAAAUUAAGAUGCCAACAGAUCACGAAGAGCCCUGUGGUCCCAGUCACAAGUCAUUUUGCCUGAAUGGGGGGCUUUGUUAUGUGAUACCUACUAUUCCCAGCCCAUUUUGUAGGUGUAUUGAAAACUAUACAGGAGCUCGUUGUGAAGAGGUUUUUCUCCCAAGCUCCAGCAUCCAAACUAAAAAUAACCUGUUUGAAGCUUUCAUGGCGUUGGCAGUCCUAAUAACACUUAUCAUUGGAGCCUUCUACUUCCUUUGCAGUGUCAGGAAGGGCCACUUUCAGAGAGCCAGUUCAGUCCAGUAUGAUGUCAGCCUGGUAGAGACGAGCAGUACCAGUGCCCACCACAGAUUUUCAUUAAGCCAACUCAUACCCAGUUUCUACAAAUGAAAAUCAAAGUCAAUCAUCUAAAAUUUCAUGAUUUCUUCCCAUCAAGAGGAUCUGGAGUCUUCUGUUCCCAUUAAAACUGAAUUUAUGGCAGUGCAAGCCCGGGCCAGACUGGGUAAAAAAUGAUGGAAGCACAUUUAUAUUCUUAAAAAUGUCUGCAGAUUGCAUAGAAAGUUCUCAGAUUUGUAAAAGUUUAUUUCUAUUGUAAUUCUUUGCAUGUUCAUUUUGUUAAAUUUGCAAUAUAAACCAGUUGCACAUCUUUUGCUAUCUGGCCUCCUAGGUUGAGGGUUAGGGUUUGCUUUAAGCAAAACUGAGAUAACUAUAAUGUGAACUGGCCUACUGGAUUGCCCACUUUUAUCAAUCUGCAAGGGUGGAUCUAUUUCUAGGUCUUAAUUUCAAGGUUUACUUUCCCUUUUCCUUAGAUUUUACUUGGAUCAAAGGGCAUGGAAAUAUAUUUCUUGCUUAAGUCUUAUACAAAGGAAACUGUGGCCCCAGAAAUUAUUUUGCUUUGAAAGUAUGUAGAUGAAAUAAGUAUUUUUAAAUGUCUUGAUUAAAUAAAGCAUUCUAUGAUCUGAUUGUCAGCUCAGUAUGUAGGCUAAGGGUAUACCUUUACUUCUCUUUUUUAUGCUCAAAUUUUUUUUCAUGUGAUUGUUAUUUUCAUUUCACCGAGGACUACAAUGAUUGUCAUCUCUAGGAAUUUAGUUUGUUUUUAGCUAAUACUCCUUUAAUGCUUCUAAGACAAGCCUUUCAAAAUUGUAAUAAAUGAGUUACACAGAUUUAA